CUUUGGAAAUGUUUUAGUCAGUCCUCUCUGUCAGUAGAGGCUCUUGUUUAGCAUCUAUGAAGCUACUUAACAUAGUAACAGUCUUGUUAUUAUUAUUGCUGUUGUUGUUGUUGUUGUUGCACCUCAGAGUUGCACCACAGCCUCACAGAGCACCGAGAGCAGCUCCUGCUGGUUUGGCAGAAAAUAACAGACAGUGAGCUCUUGUUACAUCACAAAAUGACCAACUGCUUGAAAUGUGAUCUGAAGAAACAGAGAGAGGGCGGCUUCAGGAAAGAGAGCGAAACAUUAGAAAGUAGGAGGUGGUAUGUGGUCUCUGUUUGUGCCUGACUUUGCAUUCGUUCAUGCCCGGUGCAAGCGAAAGGUUUAUGAGUGGAAAACGGCUUGAAGUGCGCUUAGAUUGCUUUGCUUUGCAGGUUAUGAAAUACUGCAGUGCUGAUCUGAUACGACCUUCCCUGUAAGUUCAAAGGUUGUGGAAGUUCAGUGAGUGCUGGAAACAGGGCUGAGUUUUGACAAAAAGAUGGAGUGCGUCUCUUUCCCGCCUGUGAACCAGUUCGCCAUUUGUGGUGGCACCCAUGGAAAUGAGAUGUCAGGGGUGUAUAUGGUGAGAGAGAUGCAGAAACAGAAGAUAGAAAAGGUUGGAUCUGUCUCUAUAAUCACUGCCCUAUCAAACCCACGGGCUGUGGACGCUUGCAAAAGAUACACAGAAACAGAUCUCAACCGCUGCUUCACAGACGCCUUGCUGAGUGCCCCCAUAACAGAUUCAACACCCUAUGAGUUGAGGCGAGCCCACGAGCUGAACGCUCAGCUUGGGCCCAAAGGAAGUGAAGAGGCCGUGGAUCUGCUCUGCGAUCUCCACAACACCACUGCCAACAUGGGCCUGUGCCUCAUCUUUUAUUCCUUAGACUGGAUCACCCUGCACAUUUACAAAUACAUACAGAGUAAGAUAACCUCUGUGCCUGUGAGAGCAAUUCAGCUGGAUAUACCCCCCUCUGAGGCAUACUCCUUAGAGGCAGUGGGCAAACAUGGCUUAGCAUUUGAAGUCGGUCCUCAACCCAACGGUGUGCUCAGAGCUGAUAUAUUUAACGUGGUGAAAGAGGCUGUGGAUCUCACAAUAGAAUGGCUUCAGCAGUUCAACUCUGGAAGUACUUUUGAAGGAGGUGAAGUUGAAGCGUUCACUUUCGCGAAGAGUGUAGACUACCCGAGGGAUCCUGCGACUAGUGAGAUUACUGCUGCCAUACACCCCCAGCUACAGGAUAAUGACUUCAAGCUUCUCCGACCAGGCGACCCCAUCUUCCUGUCAUUUUCCGGGGAGACGGUGAAGCACGAGGGAGAAGAACUCUACCCUUUCUUUGUCAACGAAUGUGCCUACUACGAGAAGAAGAUUGCUUUCCAUUUAGCUCGCAAGAGCACUCUGACCUUCCCGUCCAUAAGAGUGAAGAAGGACUGAAAGCAGAGAGACAGAAUGAGACACAUAUAAACUGUAGAGAUUUUAAAUUAUAAUCUAACAUAGAGUAUGCACACUACUUGAAUAAUACUUCUUUUUUAAUCAUCUCAAAUAAAUCAUGGACUUACACACAAAAAUGUGCAAUGAUGUUUAAAUAUUCUACAGGUGCUAGACAUAGUAACAUGAUUACCUCAUUGCAAUUCAUGCAAUAAAUAAGCUCUACCUCUGUGAGGCUUAGAAGGAAGCUUGUUUGUAAAACCAGAGCUGUAGAUGUACUUUGAUGAAUAAUAUUUUACAGGUGCUGGAAUACAUACUGGAAUUACAGUCCCCCUCCUCCUGUAUAAUCAAAAUUAUUCUAAUCGAUGUGAUCGAUCUAAUCGAUUCUAAUCUUUUUUUUCAUUGUGGCAAUUAUGCAGAACACCAUGUUUGAAUAAAUGGAAACAUGGAUCGCUUUAUACAA